AUGUGCUGCUGUGCAGCAGCAAGUGCUGCUGCACAACAGCAGCAAAUGCUGUUGUGUGCAGCAGCACCUGCUGCUGCUGAUGCUGCUGUGUGCAGCAGGACUUGCUGCUGUGUGCAGCAGCAACUACUGCUGCACAGCGCAGCAGGUGCUACUGCACACAGUAGCAUCAGCAGCAGCAGGUGCUGCUAUGUGCAGCAGCACCAACUGCUGCUGUGUGCAGCAGCACCAACUGCUGCACAGCAUGCUGCACAUCAGUGGCAAGCGGCAGCUGGAGCGGCAGUUGGAGCGGCAGCUGGAGCGGCAACGGUUGUGGUGGCGAGAGGAGCGUCCAAUAGUGGCGACACUAGCGGGAUUAGCAGCGACGGCAGCGGCGACGGUGAUUGCGGCGCGGACAAGGGUGGGGCGUCAAGGAGAGGAGAGGAGAGGAGAGGAGAGGAGAGGAGAGAGGACGGCUGA